AUGUCACCGCCGCCAAACAUACCCCUGUCCCAGAUCACCGCCACGCGCCGCCAACGCCCCUGGGACCCUUGGAACUCCUCCGCUACAGGCCACCAGCGGGCAGAGACGCAGACCGGCACGGGGUGGCGACAGUCCCGCAGCAGGAAGCUCAGCAGCCAGUUCCGCGCCGGCGAUGGCUCCGGCGGCGAGCGCUUGAGUGACACUUGGGGCGCCGGAGCGCAAGAUCAAGAUGGCGCGGGGAAGAGGAGCGUCAUGGACAUGCUGACUCGGCCGGGACUAAUGCGCCAGACGCUGGAGUUGAGCCUGACAAAGGGGAUUGAAGCAGAAGACAAGGGUCGGACGGUGGGCAGCAAGCCGUGCUUAACGGCUGAGGAAGCCCUUAUGGAACAGCGAAGGCUGCAAGACGAGGAAAAGGAAGCAGACGCCCGAGACAACCCUCGGAAGCUGUUUGACGGAGUCACCGUCUACGUCAACGGCAGCACAUUCCCCAUGGUGUCCGACCAUCGGCUGAAGCAGCUCAUCACGGAAAACGGCGGCAACAUGUCCUUGCAUCUGGGACGGCGAAGGGUCACGCAUGUCAUUGUUGGACGACCGAAUGGCUCGCGACGGGGAGAUGGCACCGGCGGUGGCCUUGCCGCUGGCAAGCUUGAACGGGAGAUACGGAGGAUUGGCGGCUGCGGCGUCAAGUUUGUUGGCGUGGAAUGGGUACUGGAAAGUCUCAAAGAAGGAAAGAGGUUGCCUGAAGCUCGCUUCUCUCCUCUCAAGAUUGCCGCAAAGGCACAAAAUAGCGUUUAUGAGCUGUACUCAAAACAGGACACAAUCUCUAAUGAACCCACACCGUCAAUUCCUCCCUCUGGACAAUCGUCACUUUACGAUUAA